ACGCCCGACAUGAUUGGCUGAAGGUGUAGCUCGGUAUGCCUCGGUCUUUCUGUACUGAAGGGGGUUUAUUGUUCCUCCAAGUCAAGAGGCGAAAUAGAUUUUAGCCAGACCUCCUCGGAUCCCAUUCAAAACAAUACUUCGCUGUAAUGGCAGGAGGCAAGGCAGGUAAGGACAGUGGCAAGGCCAAGGCAAAAGCAGUGUCUCGCUCCCAAAGAGCUGGACUUCAGUUUCCAGUGGGACGUAUCCACAGGCACUUAAAGACCCGAACUACAAGCCAUGGUCGUGUUGGAGCAACAGCAGCUGUGUACAGUGCAGCCAUCCUUGAAUAUCUCACAGCUGAAGUUUUGGAGUUGGCAGGAAAUGCCUCAAAAGAUUUGAAGGUGAAGCGUAUCACUCCUCGCCAUUUACAGCUGGCAAUUCGUGGAGACGAGGAGUUGGACUCCCUCAUCAAGGCAACGAUUGCUGGUGGAGGUGUGAUUCCUCAUAUCCACAAGUCCCUGAUUGGUAAGAAGGGCCAGCAGAAGACUGCAUAGUCCCAUUGGGAUUGCAAUGGUGACAUGGACUCAAGGACUUGCAUUUGGAAUGUGUGACCAGAUCGGCUUGUGUUCAUCCAUUUAUCCGUUCUCCUUUUUUAAAAAGUUAAUAUUAAUGUUAUACUAGCUAACCACAAGUGAUUUGUUAGUUUUGUGUUAAUGUUAUAUCGCCAUAACUAGAAUGGCCCAUCCAUAUGUCAGGUAUUUUAGAGAGAGACCAACAGUAAUUGUCUGAUCUUUCCUGCUCUGAAAGUGAAAUUGUUUGUUGAAUUGGCCAGAGCUAUGGAGCUGUUUUAUACUGAAAAAAUGGAAAUGAUAAAAACAUUUUAUACA